UGAUGGACAAGUUGGAGCAAAUGAUUAAUCAAAAUUAUUGAUAGUUAAUUUAUUUUAAUUUUUUAUGAUAAUUGAUUCAUUGGCUUGAUUAAUUGUUGAUAUCCAAGAUGGUAAUGGAAAUAGUACUGAUGGCAUCGUUAAAUGUUCAACAAGUAAACAUACAGAUGAUGUAGCUGGUGUGGACAAAUGGCCAGAUAGCCUAGAUGAAUCAUUGGAUGAGCAAAAUGAUGCUGAAAUAUUUCGCGCUGUUGUUGAUUCAAUGAAAAAAUGGGAAUUACAUAAAAGAAGUUCACGUAGAAUAAAAAGAGAAAUAUCACGUGUUUGUUAUGAGGAUGUUGGAUGUUUUGAGGAUACUGGACCAUUUAGUUAUUUAGAAAUGUUGCCAUCACCACCAAAAGAUGUUGGAACAAGAUUUUUUGUUUAUGGAAGUAGAAAAGCUAGAUCAAUACCAAUGGAAGUAUUACCAGAUGAUAUUAAUGAUAAAACUCAUAAUUCAAUUGAUUCUGAUUUACCAACAAAAGUUAUUGUUCAUGGUUUUGGAUCUGGUUGUGAUCAUGUAUGGGUUUAUGAAAUGAGAUCUGCGCUAAUGUCAGCACAUGAUUGUAACAUUGUUUGUGUUGAUUGGAGCUUAGGAAGUGCAAUACCAAAUUAUGUUAGAGCAGCAGCAAACACAAGACUUGUUGGACGUCAAUUGGCAAAAUUAAUUAGAGGAUUAAAUGUACCACUUGAAAGAGUUCAUUUAAUUGGUUUUAGUCUUGGUGCACAUGUUGCUGGUUUUGCUGGUGCUGAACUUGGAAAUGUUUCACGUAUAACAGGUCUUGAUCCAGCUGGUCCAUUAUUUGAAUCACAAGAUCCACGUGCACGUCUUGAUGAAACAGAUGCACAAUUUGUUGAUGUUAUACAUAGUAAUGGUGAACAAUUAAUACUUGGUGGUCUUGGUUCAUGGCAACCAAUGGGUGAUGUUGAUUUUUAUCCAAAUGGUGGUCGUAUGCAAACUGGAUGUUCAAAUUUAUUUGUCGGUGCUGUAUCUGAUUUUAUAUGGUCUGGAUCAAUUGAGGGACGUUCACUUUGCAAUCAUAGACGUGCAUAUAAAUUAUUUACUGAUUCAGUUAGUCCAAAAUGUCGUUUUCCAGCAUUUCCAUGUGAAAAAGGAUAUGAUGGUUUAUUACAAGGUGAUUGUUUUCCAUGUGGUAUUGAUAGACCAUGUGGUGAUAUGGGUUAUUAUUCUGAUGUAUCAACAGCAAGAGGACAAUUGUAUCUUGUUACUAGAGAAGAAGAACCAUUUUGUGCUCAUCAAUAUCAAAUUAAAUUAUUUAAUAAUCGUGGUGAAAGACCAGCAAGAAGUUAUGGUAAAUUACAAGUAACACUUGUUGGUAAUGGUGGUUUUAAUGAAACAUUUACAAUGACUAAAAAAGAUGAUGAAGAGCUACUUGUUGGUGCAAUUCUACAUAAAAUGGUUGUACCACAUCCAGUCGUUGUUGAUCUAGAAGCAAUUGAGGUAAAAUAUACAGCAUACAGUGGAUGGAUUUCGUCAGGUUUAGUUAGUUGGAGCAUUGAUAAAGUAUCAAUUCUUGAUAGUUAUGGUAAAAGUUUAUCAGUAUGUCGUCGUGGAUUAAUUCUUGAAUCUGGUCAUCCAGUGUAUUUACCACUUUAUCCAAGUGAAUGUACAAUACCAAUUGAAAUUGACAAUCAAACAUUAUCAACAAAUAUAAAUUUAACAAAUUCAUUUGUAACAAAUAAUAAUAUUAAUAAUAAAAAUGAUGAAUUUAAAUUGACUGGUAUUGGACCAUUUGUUAAAAGUCAAAAUUAUGAUAAUAACAAUGGAUUUAUUGAUACAAUACAAAAUGAACAUAAACGUCCAAUGAAAAAUUUUGGUCCAUAUACAAAAGAACAAAAUAUUAGAUUUUUUAAUGAUGAAAAAAUUAAUGAUAAUAAUAAUAAUGCUGAUGGUAAUAAUAAUAAUGAUAAUAUUAAAAAUGAAAAUGAUAAAAAAGAUAGUUCAAUAAUAUGGUCAUUUGUUGAUAUAAAUAAUAAUAAAAAUGAUAAUGAUAAAAAUUUAUUGGAAAAUUUAGAAAUUGAAAGUGGACGUGGUUUUUCUGGUGGUAGUUAUGUACAUACAACAUCAAUAAAUCCAAUAAAAUUAAUUGAUACAACAACUGUAUUAUUAACAAGUGAAAUACAAGAACCUGUAUUACAAUUUAAAAAAGAAACAUCAAGAUCAAUGAAGCUUGGUGAAAUAACAGAGCCAUUGCUACGUCCACGUUCAAUAAGACAAAAUACAAAUGAAGGAUCAAUUGAUGAUGUAAAAAUUAUAAUAAAUGAUACUAUUGAAAAGACAAUGUUACAACAAAAUAAUGACACAGUUUUGCAUGGUUUUACUGUGCAAUUUUUACCAGAAAGAUUAGCUGGUAUAUUAGCACAAGCUGAAAAAUAUGCAAGGCAAAAAUUAUUGCCACUUAUAUCACAAUAUACACCGAGUUUUAUUAGUAAUUCAAGACAAGAUAGGCAAAGGUAUUUUCCAUCAUUGAGUGAUGCUAAUGAUAACUAUGAUAUGGCUAAAUUUAAUCAGAAUAAUAAAAGUUUAUUGGCUAAACAUGUUGAAGGAAAUAAAAAUACAGUAUUGGAAAAAAAUAAUUGGAUACCAAUUAAUGGUACGAUGUUGAAGUAUUCGAGUAUUGAAAAUUCAACAAGUUCAUACAUGUUGACUGAUAAUACUGAGGGUAAAUGGAUCACGAAAUUGAAUGAUGAUAGUAGAAAAGUUGAAGAAAAGGAUAAUGAUUGGAUGCCAAUUGUUGAUAAAAUUGAAGCUAAUAAAUUGAAUGAUAAAAUUGAUAAUAAUGGGAGUGUUGUGAUUAAAAAUUCAAGUGUUGAAAGUAUAUCAAUGGAUAAUAAUUUACCAAGUACAACAGUUGUUAGUAGUAAAAUUAAUGAUAAGAAAUUUAUUCCAGUUGGUAGAAUUAAUGAAAAUAAUGAUAAAAAAUUGACGGAUUAUGUUGGAGAUAAAAAAAUUAAUGAUAUUGAAAGAGGAACACUGAGAUCAAUGAUAUUUCCAUUUCAUUAUUCUGGAAAAAAUGAUCCACGAACUAAAUAUAUUCCUCUACUUCCUGAAGAAGAAGUAGGACGUCGAAAUUAUUUUCAAGAACGAGAACGUUGAAAUUCAACACAAAAAAAAAUAACAUCCAUGACAAAAAAAAUUAUAUUUUUUUUUUAC